AAAAAAAACUUUUGAAAAAUUUUUUUGAAUAAAAAAUUUCAAACCAAAUUACUAAAAAAAAUAAAAAAUCAGACUCUUUCUUCCAUUUUUCCUGAGACUUUCUCUUUAUCUAUAUAUUCCUCACCUUGAAAGCCUUUCAUUUCUCUUUACACCAUCUCUUUUUGCUCUUUCUAUCUUGAACAAAGUUGAGAUUUUUAUAAGACAGGAAACAAUUGAGAGAAGAAGGAAAUAUAAUUUGAAGGGGGCAAGGCAAAUAGAAGAGAAGAAAGAGGAUGAAAUUAACCUCCUCAAUUCUUAUUCUUAUUGUGCCUCCUCUCAGAUCUUAGUUUUUUGCAAGAUUUGGCACUUUGGUUUACUUUGAUUGGUGAAGUUAAAUUCUGGGUUCAGUUGAUUGAUCGUGGAAGGAUCUGUUUGUUUCUAAAUUUCCAAUCAGAGAGAAAAUUUUUCAUUUUGUAUCGGAUUACAAUUUUGUUGUUAAAAUAAAAGAAAAAGAUGUCUGAGAAUGGUAAGCUAUUUAUUGGUGGGAUAUCUUGGGACACCAAUGAAGACCGUCUCAAGGAGUAUUUCAGUAGUUUCGGUGAAGUGGUAGAGGCAGUGAUCAUGAAGGACCGAACCACAGGGCGUGCACGUGGAUUUGGUUUUGUUGUUUUCUCUGACCCUGCUGUUGCUGAGAGAGUCAUCAAGGAGAAACACAACAUUGAUGGCAGGAUGGUUGAGGCAAAAAAAGCAGUUCCUAGGGAGGACCAGAACAUUAUGAGUAGAAGCACUAGCAGUAUCCAUAGUUCACCUGGUCCUGGCCGCACAAGAAAGAUUUUUGUCGGAGGUCUAGCAUCAACUGUCACAGAGAGUGACUUUAAGAAGUAUUUUGAUCAGUUUGGGAAUAUCACAGAUGUCGUGGUGAUGUAUGAUCACAACACCCAAAGGCCUAGGGGUUUUGGCUUCAUCAGUUAUGAUUCAGAAGAGGCGGUGGACAAAGUGUUGCAAAAGAAUUUCCAUGAACUGAAUGGUAAAAUGGUUGAGGUUAAACGAGCUGUCCCCAAGGAGUUAUCACCUGGUCCCAGUCGCAGCCCCCUUGGUGGAUAUAACUAUGGUCUGAAUAGGGUCCACAGCUUUCUUAAUGGCUACACUCAGGGAUAUACUCCAAGUAGUGUUGGAGGCUAUGGACUUAGGAUGGAUGGUAGAUUCCGCCCAGUUUCUGGUGGUCGAAGUGGGUUUCCUCCUUUUGGUUCUGGUUAUGGAAUGGGCAUGAACUUUGAGCCAGGGUUGAACCCAAAUUUUGGAAAUAGUGCAAAUUUUAGUAGUAAUAUGAGCUAUGGACGAGGAUUGAGCCCUUACUAUAUUGGUAAUACAAAUAGAUUUGGUAGUUCUAUUGGGUAUGAUGGAAGCAGUGGAGGUAAUACAUCCUUUUUCAGUUCAGUGACCCGGAAUCUUUGGGGAAAUGGGGGGCUUAAUUAUAACACAAAUGCUGCUAGUUCCAGUACAUAUAUGGGAGCUGGAAGUGGGAGUGUAGGAGGAAGUGCCUUUGGAAACAGUGGGAUUAAUUGGGGUUCUUCUGCAAUUUCCGGUCAAAGUGGAGGGAAUAAUGUUUCUAGCAAUAGUGUGAAUUUUGGCUAUGGAAGUGGUGAUAACAGCUUUGGGUUUGGGACAGCCGGGUAUGGGAGAAACAGUGGGAACAAUGCGGCACCAACAUCAUCAUAUGUAGCAUCAAAUGGUGGUUAUGAUGGGGCCUUUGCAGACCUUCACAGUAGUGCUUCAGUUUAUGGGGAUACCACUUGGCGAUCAUCAACAUCUGAGCGAGAUGGUUCUGGUUCCUUUGGCUAUGGGCUUGGUAGUGUCACUUCUGAUGUUUUGGGUAAAAGUUCUCCUGGUUAUGUUGGUGGUUAUAGCAUUAAUAAAAGACAAGGAAAUAGAGGAAUUGCUAGCUAGAAGAUUAUUUUGGUUAUCACAAUACUGUAGGUGACGAUAAUCUCAUGAAGCAGGUGAUCUGUGAAUUCUGCACAUAUCCCUCGUUAAUAUGUUUCAGUUAAAAGAAACUUGGUUUCCUAGAGCUAACCGGUGAGCCUGUUUUGGAGAAUUAAAUUUAGAGGUAGAAAUCACAAGGGAUUUUGUGUUAAGGCUUGAGUUUUGAGUCACCUUUUUAGGGUUUCUUUUGGUAUUUGAGUGAGAUGUAAAAUCAGGUUGUGGGAUAUAGUCAGAAAUGUAUCAUGCAUCUCAUGUGAGGUGGCGGUACAUAACGAUAUAGACUCUAUAUUUUUUCUCCUUAGAUUUUAUGUUCUGUAAUGGCUCUGGCAAAGUUGUGGGUUCUUGUCAUUUAUGUUCUGUUUUUUUCCCCCGUUAUCUUCCAUUAUUUGGGUUUGUCUUUCAGCCAGAUUGUACCUGAGGUUCUUGUUGAUUUACUAGUGUGAAACAUUAAAAGGGGCACCCUUCUAGGGUCCCUCUGAAUAAGUUACGAUAUAUGCUGAUUCUUUAUCCAUUGAAACUCUUUGUGAAAUUCUGAAAUGGACAAUUUGAAUUGAUUUUUGAUCUUGCACCUUUUUUUGUUUGUUUGCCUGCAAACUGAGACUUAAUAUGCAAGCCAUGUUCAUAAUUAGUGCUAUUUUGAUGAUUUCUCUAAGCAAUUGCAUUGCUUUGGCUUAUAUAUGGGCAUAUGUAGGCAUAUGUACAUGUGCUUAUUU